CUAAAAAAGUUAUUCUUCCGUUAAGAAAAAAGUUUAAAAGGAAAACGGUCCCCAAAGAUACCCCAUCUAUUGCAUGCCGCGCCCAAAUCUUUAUAUCUUCUCCUCGGCGGGCUCAACCGAAAGCAUGGCAUGUGAUAUUUAACGCCCGGCCUUUUGGUUUCGCUUUGCUUUCCAGUUACAACACCAUCAUUCCCAUUCUGAGCAAAAACACACAAAAGAAGAAAGCAAGAGUGGGGCAGCCAUCACUGCGUCGUAUCGUACGGCAUCAUGUGUCGGAUUUGCAGCAAAAUUCUUUGCUUCCGAUAGCUGCAAGCCCCUCAACCUGAUGAUCAGCUAUGACAGUCCAUUCCCACACUCCCCCUCCUCCCAUCCCCCCGCCCUCCAGUCUCCAUCAUCGCCAUGGCCUCCGCUGCCUUGUCCUGUUUCUACUUGCCUUCUCGGCUACCGCGCAAUUCCCCGCGGCUCCCCCGCCUCCGCCCGCCGACCCUUUUGCCAGGCUCAAGUUCGACAAGAACAUGGCCAUCAUCAUGGUCAUCCUGGUCCUCGUCUUCUUCAUUUUGGGCUUCCUUUCCAUCUACACCCGCCAAUGCGCAGAGCGCCGAAUGAGAGGAAGACUCGACCUCACUCUCCCGAUCGGCAUCAGCAGCCGUCGACCGCGUGGUCUUGAACCCGAGAUCAUCGAUAGUUUUCCCACUUUCGUUUACUCCUCCGUCAAGGGGCUUAAGAUGGGAAGGACCUCGCUGGAAUGCGCCGUCUGUUUGAACGAGUUCGAAGAUGAUGAAACUCUGCGUUUGAUCCCCAGAUGCAGCCACGUGUUUCAUCCUGAUUGUAUCGAUCUUUGGCUUUCUUCUCACUCCACCUGCCCCCUCUGCCGCGCCAACCUGGUUCCAAAACCCGGUGAUUCCUCCUUCGUCGCCAUUCAGAUCCCCAAUCCGGACGUCGAUUCGCCUCACCCUGACUCAGGUUUGAAUUCCCGUGAGAUGCCCCAGGAGAACAUCAACACGGCGGCACCGGAGUCUCCGAUUCUGAGCCGAAAUCACACAGUGAACCGGAGCCGGACUCCUCGGUCAAAGUCAACGGGGUUCUGGUUGGCUGGCUUAUUCCCCCGUUCUCACUCCACGGGUCAUUCCUUGCAGCUUCGUCCCGGAGAGAAUUGGGAAAGGUUUACUCUCAGAUUACCGGAGGAUGCCCGAAGGCAAUUACUAAAGCGAACAAAUAGUUGCGUAGCGUUCACAAGGGAGAGCAGUCAGAGGAGGGGUUAUAGGACAAGAAGUGUAGGGAGUGGAAGGGGAAGGAACUAUUUCCAGCACGAGCGAUUCGGAGGCGAGGGGCGGCCAGAGCAAUGGGGGUUCACGGUGAGGCCGCCGUUUUUGAGCAGGAGUGGUUCGACCGUGACGAACAAGGCACCGGAGGGUCCGUCGGGGGUGGGGAUAGACGACAUCGUGGAACGGUCUUCUGAUCCACUGUUUUCCGGGAACAAAGAUUAGAUGGUAGGACAGGGGUAGCUUAGUCAAUUAGUUUUUCACAGAGGGAAAAGUUUCCUGUUCAUAGCAUAACAAUGCCACUUUUUU